AUGUCACAAGUACGCCACCCACUUCAAAUCUCUCGAUGCAGCGAAGAACCUGCGAUUACCCAUCCAUUGAUGAUCCAGGAAAGCUACAGCGCAAACAUAUUAUUCCAGCUUAGGGUGAAGGGGGCUACUCAUUCCCAGUUUUCGAAGGAACUCGAACUGUGGGAGACGACUUUUAAGUUCCUCAACACUGAGUAUAUCGAUCUGCUGGUGUUUUUCAAGGCAUCAGGUCAUCUCAAGGGGAGUGCCGACGAGAUUGAAAAGGCCUUGAAUCCAGCUCGCUUGGCGGUGGUCAGCAGGAUUAUAAGUGCCUUGAUAUACAUGAGGAUCAAGCCUCUUGAGUUUCCACAUAGUCAAUUCGCGGUCGCAGCCCUUGAGACGGCAUACAAUGAGUGGGAUAAAUUUGAGAACUCGUUGUUUGUCCUCAUCUGGAAGCUCUUCAAAAAAUCUGACAGCCCUUAG